UUCUUCAAUACUUGACAAGGUAACUACUGUAGUAGCCGCGAUUUAAACUUCUUGUCAAAAAAUUAUUCCCCGUUUGUUCCACCCUAAAUAAAUUAAUAAACGAUUGAAGAAAUUCCCUACCGUUUUGCAGCGGUCGUCGUAUACAUUCGCUGAAAAUUUCGCUUAUAGUUCUCGCCUCCGCGAGUGUGGGUACAACAGACAAUCGCAAUAUAAAGGACUAGAAGACGAUACCGAUAACCGUUUUCGACGAACUACGAUAAAAGAAAAAAAAUCAAAAAAGAGAGAAAUCAAUCAAUAAUAUUCUCACGAUUUACACGAGUAACCGACCUCUUUACAAGGGAGGCGCACGCGCCGGUUGAAUUUGCUGCCUACGGGGGUGCGGUUGUUACCAUGGAUCCCAGUAUACUAGCCACUAUGGAUAAGGACGCAUUGAAGAAACAGAUCGAAAACAUGAAAUAUCAAGCGACAAUGGAGCGAUGGCCGCUCUCCAAGAGUAUCGCAGCGAUGCGCGAAUACGUCGAGGAAACCGAGAAAAAUGAUCCCCUGAUUCACGCACCUGAUAAAAAGAACAAUCCAUGGGCCGAGAAAGGAAAGUGUGUGAUCAUGUAAACGUCGAUGUGAGCCGUUCUGAAUUCCAAAGAAGAAAGAAAAAAAAACAAACAAACAAAACGAAACCACGAGAUCAAAAGAAAAUCAUUAAAACCAAAAAAGAAAAAAAAAAAACGAGAUGAAAAAGGAGAUCAUUGACACGAGAGGAAGGAAAAUAAAAAUUCACACAAAAUCCAUAACUUAUUAUUCUAUAAUACUAUAACGAUGAUAGGAUCAUGAAAAAAAAGGUUGAUACAUGGCACGACUUCGUUCUAUAAAAAAUUAAUGAAAAUAAAGCGUUUGAAUGAUCAUAAACGUCGACAAUUUGUCACACGGAGUGGCGUCGUGUGUCAUCAUCCCACGUAUCAUCAUUAUACCUAUAUGUAAUUUACGUGAUUUACAUUAUAUCUAAACAAUUUCAUAUUAAAAUAAUGAUAAUCAUGUCUUGAAAUAAAUUACUCGAUCGAAUUAAAGAGAAAAACCAAAAAAAAAAAUAAAAAUUAAUAAAAUAAAAAAAAAAAACAACACAUCUCUUUUACCGAGCAUAUUUUUUAUCAAUGUUUUAGGACUUUUAGAAUAUCAUAAAUCAUUAAACGGCUAAUCGCCAGUCUCAAUUAUACAUGUUAUGUACGAAUACCUAACGAUUCUUACCUCAAAUUAUUCAUUCAAUUAUCUCGAAUUGGUGAGCAUGGACGAGAAAAUCGUCACGGAUCCAGAUAUCGUUCGUGCGCCAAAAAUCAAUGUCAAUCUUAUUAAAAAAGUACAGGAAAAGUUCAUUCAGUUCGGAAUCUACGGAUAUACUUUCCAUGAAUCGAAGUGCUUUCGCCCGAUUGAAAUAAAUGCAUCAUGUCUCUAAUAAAAGAAGAAAAAGAAAAUUUGACAAAAAAUAAUUGGAGACCUUAAUUUUAUUGGAAAGAAAAUUAAACCUCGUAGAGAUACUUUUGUAAGUUUGAGAAAAAAAGAAAGAAAGAAAAUCACGUUUUCCAAUGUCGUAUCAACGACCAAUGCCGCCCUCGGCGGUGUUUAUCCAAAUCCAAAAAAAUUAUAAAAACGAAAUUCGUUCAUUACUCAGCGUAAAGAAGACGCCCUAUUCAUUGUACUGUAACUUUCGGUCCAGUUUAACAAAGCGAUUUUUAAGCUCUGAUCGCAGGGGCCCAUCUAGUCAACAGCAACUAUGACUGUGAUAAAUUGCAGAUGCAUAGUAUAAUUAAAUAGAGUUGACAUAAAUUAGUCGGAUAGAGAAGUUGAAAAAGUUAAAAUAAAGUUUCAAAGGGCCAAUAAAACGAAGGUUUAGUUGCGCCACGAUAAAAUUCUUUACGAAUAAAGAUGAAAUAGAUAUAUAUACAUUCAACGUACGUUCCAUUAGCUG